AUGCCGGCGUCGGUGUCAUCGCCCUCCCCAGAGCUGCCGGCGGAAGCCACUCCCGAUGACAAGGAUCCUCAAGCCGCCUGGGAUAGGCCUUUUCCCCGACGCCUCAGGACGCCCGCUAAGCUCGAUCGCCUGAAGGUGCGGAAUCGCCGUCACGAAUACCUGGUCAAGACGCCGUCGUAUUUUGACAAUCUGGACCAUGAACUUGCUGAUCCUAUUUUGUAUGAGCGCCUCGUCAAGAAAUUUCAAACUCCAGCCGAACGCGAGGCAGAUGGAAAGGCCAAGGGCUAUGGUCGCACCCUCGAAGCAGAUCUCGUCAGAGGGGAGACCAAGCUAGCCAACAUCCAUCAGUCGUCUGAGCAGCAGCACGACAGUCAAGGUAACAGCCUAGAACUGGACAAUUCGAGAGUGGUGGGCGACGGGGGUGCAGGUACCAAUGUCUGGGAUGCCGAGGCAGAAAACAAAGAGCAUGGCAUGCAACUGUGGCAUGCCUACCUUGAGGCCCGCUUCGUGGAGGGGAUGGAUGAAGAAUUCGACUACAGCCAAGUCGAUGAUAAUUAUCAGUAUGAUACCAUGGCCAUUCAGGACGCCGAAGAUGCCUGGUUCGAUAACGAAGAGCCAAGCUGGGCGGAAUGUGCCUCGCAGUCUCCCGCUGGGCGAGGAGAGACGGGCAUACAAGACUUUUGA